AUGUCUCAACACAAUUCACCAGAACUGGUGGAAGACCUAUUUGAGGAUCUCAGAGAUGGCGUGUUAUUAUGUCAUCUCAUCGAAUUUCUUACCGGUGAAGCAUUGCCAAUUAACAAGGCAAAAGAAUCAAAACGGAUACACCAUAUCAGCAAUUUAACAACAGCAUUGGCAGCUUUACGACGUCGUGGUCUUGACUUGGUCAACAAUAAUCCAGCAGAUAUAGCCAAUGGAAAUCCACGAAUAAUUUGUGGACUCAUUUGGCAGAUGAUCCUCCACUUUCAAAUUGAGACCAAUGUUCAACUAUUGAAAGAAUGGGGAUUUGAGCUAGAAUUGGCUAAUAGUCCAUCAACGUCUAGAAUUGGUAAUGAAAAUAGCCCUUUUGGCAAAUUACCCCAUCAGUUACGUAUUGGACGUCUAAAAGUACCUGCUGAUCGUGUAAUUUUACGAUGGGUAAAUGCACAGCUUGCAAGACCUUAUAACAUAAGCCUAACUGAUAUGGACAAAAGUUGGCGUGAUGGGAUUGCUUUCAACGCACUAAUACAUCGUGUAAGGCCCGAAUUGGUUGAUAUGGAUGUAGUACGUCAAAGCACUCCGAAAACCAACCUUGAGCAGGCAUUUCGACUAGCAAAGGAACAUUUGCACAUACGACCACUAUUGGAUGUAGAAGAUAUGUUGUGCGACAAAUCAGAUAAAAGAUCUGUGAUUACUUACGUGUCACAGUUCAUUCGCACUCUGAAACAUCUACGACCAAUUGGUACAUCUCCACCAAUGAUUGAUGCUCAUUCAUUGAUUUCCUGGAUGGAAGAUACCUUGAGCAUUUUGAGUUCUUCUGUUAGUGCACCACUUUACGAUCAGUAUCAGACAUAUCUGUCAUUGCGAAAACAAUAUUUUGAGCAUCGCAGUGCUUAUUAUUACCUUCGCGAACAUGCCACAACAUUACCACAAGGUGAAUGGAAUCAGAUUGAGGCCAGCUGGAAAAGGAUUGGAGAUCUACUGGAUGAAUGGAGUCAUAACCUUGAAUGUGAAUUACCUGAAAAAUUGUCUGAACUGGUGCAAUGGUUGUGUACUGCAGAACAAAUAAUACAAAAUCCAGUGGAUAUGCGGGUGGACGAUGCGCAGUUGUCAUUGUCCAAUAUCAAUGAAUCAAUUAGUCAUCAUAAGAUUCACUUCUCGGAAUUUCCCUAUCGAUCGGAACGAUUCCAAUCAAUCUAUCUUAGUCGGAGAGUAGACGAACGCGAAGUUGCUGUGGAGUUGUUAGAACCGUUGAAGAUUCGAUUCAACACUCUAGCAACUGAAGCCCCACGUCGUUUGCAAUAUCUUCAUCGAGUGCAAGCACACUAUCAGCUUCUUUCUAAUAUAGAAGCGCUGAAUCAGAAGAUGGAACGAUGGAAAUCUUGUGAUUCAGCUGCAGCUAUUCAAAAGUCCAUUAAAGAAUACAAGAUGGAAGCGGAAAGCGCUCCAGCGAAGAAAUUCAAACGACUUCUUACACAUCUAAAAGAAGUUUACAGUGAAGGUAUUACCACUUUCGUUCCAUUUUCAAAUGGUUGUGAAAAUCGAAUGGCUUCCUUAGAGGAAACUGAUUGCAUUAUCAAACAAUGCGAAGACGCAUCAGUGGAAACCGUGGAGAGAUUCCAGCAACUGAAACCGCAUCUAGAUGAACUCUUCAAAUUUUGCCGUGAAUUUGAAAAUGCUGCAACUAAGAUUGAGGAGAGAAUUACACGUUCGGAGCGCGAAAAACGCAAUUUGGUCGACGAAGAUGAUAAAGAAUUGUUGCGACAUUGUGAGAGAAUUCGCGAUGAUAUUGCAAGAUUCGGAAAUGAUCAUAUGCAACAAGUUGUUAACAGCCGUCUUUCUGAACUAAGAAAGCGUAUUAGUGCUGUCAAACGAAAAAUUCCAUUGAAAAUAGCAUCAAAUCUGCAAGAUACAUUAUCGAAGAAAUUGGUACGAACCAAAAUUACGUUAUCAGGUAGUGCAAAUGCUGCUGCAACAGUAUUAGACAUACAAGGCCCUGAACACAACCGUCUGCAGAAGUGGCUUAUCACGGCUCGUCAACAAAUGUCCACUAUUGUCACUGACUUGAAUAGCUUGGAACAUGCAAUUAAUCAAGUAUCGGAUUGUCUUCGCGAAGGACAAGGAGUGGAAAAUGAACGGAUGGCGUUGCUGAAGAUACGUGGUGCAAACAAUGAACAAAAUAUAGGCGAAUAUCGGAAACUGCGUUCUGAUUUGCAGACUUUAUUGCAACAUAUGAAGAAUGUUCAACCUCUAUUUUUAUCAUUUGAAAAAAAUUACGAUAAUCUUCUAAAUUGGCCCAAUAAUCAACACGAUGAAAGGGAAAAUAAAGAAAAUGAGAAGUCUGACAUAAUUACUCAUAUGACAUUUUUGGUGGAAACUUUGUCACGAAAUGAAUAUAAGGAGUGGAUUAAUUGUAAUUUCUUGCAACAUCGUCUCGAUGAAUUAAAAUACAGAAUGAAGGAGAAAAAAGAGCAACUUGUAGAAGCGGAAGAAUCAUCUAUAGUUGCGACUAUAACAGCAGCGUUGAUUAAGAAGAAGAAACUUCUGGAACAGACCGUAGAAAGCUGGUCAGAUAUUAAAAUUUGGGUUGACAAUGUCGCCGAAAUCGACACCCAUUUGGAACUCAUUUCUUCUGCAGCUAAAAAUACUUCCAUAUCUCUAUCCGAUGAAUUCAAUAAUGAGAAAGAAAGACUUCAGAAAGAAUGGCAUCAGAAAACAGAAACCAUUAGCCAAUUACAAAUAAUUCAUGAUGCAGUGGAAGUACUACGGAACAGGCUGGCCGAGAAUCCACGAUUGUUAGAAUUGAUAUUGUUGAAUGAGAAAAUAGAAAAUCUAAGACAGCAGUGCAUAAAUAUCGUUGAUCCUAGCGUCAUAAGCCUUCGAAAUUGUUAUAUGAAGGAAAUUGAGGAGGGAUUUCGUACAGCCAUCACAGAAUCAUUCUCAAGGGCGGAGCAACGAGUCACCGAAUUGUCGAUGGUUGGCGAAACAGAUGUACGGCUUGCCGCUGGCAUUCUUCAGAAUUACGAACAAGAGGCACAAGGAAUAUUGAGUGACGAUCCAAGACUUCUGAAAAUUGUUGUGGCAAUUAGGGAAGCCCAAAAAAUUGUACAAAUAAAAAUGGAUUUCUUCACUGGCCUGCAGCAUUUCUAUGAAGCAUUAAAUACUAUCAAACAAGAAAAUGAACAAUGGAAUUCGAUUACAUCACAACAGGUUGAAAGAGUAUCUGUAAGACUUGAAGAGCUUUUAAAACUUGUUGAAAAUGAAUAUGCACCUCAGGCGAAUGCUUUAUGCUCGCAGUUUGAAUCUAUGCGAUCAUCUUUUUUUCAGUUAGAAUGUGAUCGAAUUAAGGAAAAAUUGCGGAUUCUUAUACUACAACUGGAUAGGCUGGUGGAUUUCAUGGCGAAGCGAAAGAUUCUUCUACUCAAAUUUAAAGAAUUCCAAAAAUUUGUUAAAGAUGCUGAUGAUACGUUACUCAGAACAGUGCAUGAUGCUUCGACCGGUGUAGAAGUCAAUAUGCAUCGAAUUGCGAACGAAAUGAGUGCAGUUUUUGAUAAAUUGGAUAAUUUGGGAAGAGAGCUUACAGCUUGUCAACUUGAUGCCAAUAUGACGAUCUCCGAUAUGUCUGUUGUUGACACCUUAAAUAGAAUUAGAGAAAUUUCCUUGGAUGUCGGUUCUGUAGACGAACCAGUCGGGCUUUCAAAGCGUUUCCAAGAAUUUUUCAAUGUGUCGAAUCAACUGGAAGGUGCAUUCUGUACGGAUAUUCGUACCUGUGAACACCUGGAUGACGUCGUUGAGUUCAUCACUGUUUCAUUGGAGAAUGGCAAGAAAGAAGCUGAGUUGAUGGUCCAGCUUGUUGCAAUUGCUGACGAUCUUACUGCUCAUGAAAAAGCUAAAGCAAAUGAUAUUCUUUCGGAGCUGAAACGAAUAAUGGACAAGCGACAAGAAUUGCGACGGGUAACAGUAGAAGAUUGUGUAGAACGAUCUUUAGCUAUUCUAACACAAAAAGAAGUCCAAUUGGAAACAAUUAUUGAGCGUGAUAUUAAUGACCAAAAUUUGGGUGCUUUUGAGGCUGAUGAAGUUACAAAGUGGAACCCCUGGAAAGAGGAACUUAAUCAGUUAACAGUGCUGUUUAAAAACAAUAAUAUCCAAGGACGAGAUUCACUUGAUGCACUUGUCGAAAAGGCAGCUAAUUUCGAUGUACGAAUUACACGUUUCAAAAACACAUUUGCCAUGCCUAAACAUCGUGAAGAGCGAAUAUCUGCAAAAUUGGCUGCAUUUGCUAAAUGGAUUGAUUUCAUGGAAGAAGACUUUAUUCGAGCAGAAUCUUUAGAUGAUGCAGUCGAGAAAGCAGAAAGGCUUCGCAGUAUUCAUCAUAUUUGUUUAUCACAACAGAAAUUGGUUGACAAAUGGUUGAGUUGCAAACUUAAUCCACAACAUUCAAGUGAAGUUAAAUCUCACUGUGAUCGGUAUUUCACGUUGCUGCAGCGAAGUGAUUUGGGAGAUUUACCUGAAGGAAAAGCAAUUUCAACGCACCUCGCAGAUUUACCUUCAUCAUCAAUUCUUCAGCUUUCUCUUAAUUCACCAUCUACUUCCGAAAACGAUGAAGAUGAGAGUCACUGUUCUGAAAUGAUAUCGUACGAAGAAACUGGUUCUGCUUAUCUUUUGAUGCAACGGGUAUUACAAGCAAAAGAAACCUCUGAAAUACGACUGUUAUUAUCGGAGAUUGAUUCGGAAUUGAAUGUAUUGGCGGAUUCGCUGAGUAAGCUAAAUGUUGAUUACGCUCAAUCACUGAAACCAUUAAGUAAAGCUCAAGCCGACGUAGAAAAACUCAAGGAACUCAAUGAGAGAAGGUGUCAACUGGACAUUGCUUGUGAUAAUUUUCCACAUAACGUUUCCGAUGAUGAUUUAGCUGUCAUUCGCUCAUUAGCGCUACAUCUACAUUCACUGGAAGAACCGUUUACGACAUUUCUACAAGAACUGCAAAAAGAAAUCGACGAUGAGAUAACAUUACAAUUAAAUUAUGAGGGUAUCGCCAAAAAACUCAGUCAGUUAAAUAUCGAUAUUGACCAGCGCGCCCGAAAUGCAAUUCAAGAUGUCCGAAAUCAAUUGGAACAAGUGCAAUCGGACUUGAAUUUACUUCGGCUGCAAUGUUCACAACAGCGGAAGUAUGUAGAGAACACGUUGGAAAACGUUUCACCCGAUGCAAAUCGUAAUAAAUGCUCAAGGCGAAAGAAAAUUAUGCUUAUGGUAUCCAGAACUGUUACAACCAUAAUUCAGGUCGUUGAGGAUGAAUUACAAUGUUCGUCCAACGUUAAAGAAAAUGAUCUCUUAGAACUGAAGCAAAAACUGCAAGACGUGAACACUAUCAUUGUUGACGAAACCGGUGCUGUGGACGAUGUACUUCUGAGCAGUAUUACAGAUGCACAGGAAACGAUAAAGUCUGAUCACGAAAAAGAACAAAUGAAAGUGAUGCAAUCGGAGCUUACAGAAUUGGAAGAAAAAUUAUCUUUGGGCAAUCAAUUGCUAGCAUAUGAUAUCGAUCUAAAAAGUGCCGAUAGUCCGGAAGAUAUUGGAGAAAAGGCGAAAAAUAUUGAGAAUUUAGAGCAGUUCAUGGUUUCACUAAUUGAUAAGUUGAAAGCUUGUGAUAGCAGUAAUAUGACCGAGGAACAACGAAUUGAUAUGGAAAGAAAAUUAGAUGAAGCGAUGUCGCUUAUUAAUAAGCUACAUGCUUUACGGGAAUCUAUUUCAAGUCAUUUAAAAUCACUUGCUGAUUGGAAAACUGCUGAAGGCGAAUUAGAAGAUGAAAUACGGGUAAUUAUGGACAAUAUUGAAGGACUACGUGAUAGCUAUUCGCAACCGCAACCGUACCCAACAGCAAUCAAUGAUGUAAACAUAUUGCAACGAUUACAGGAUCAGAUCAUGAAAUUAUUGCAAAAAACGAUAGAUAAAGAACAAACUUUAUCACAAAAUUUGCCUAACUAUCAUCCUGCAAUCAAUGCAAUCAAGCAACAAAUUGAAAAAGCUACUGAAGAUGUUAAGAAAUUAUUGCCAUCACUUAUUGAAGAUGUUUCAACAGAAAAGCAACUUGUUGACAUACAAAACGAUUUAAUCAAUCAAUUGAAUGGAUUGAAUGAUCGCGCCAUAGUGAUUCGUAAUGAACCACAUGAUGAAACACAAAUUCCACGAUUAGAAGAAUUGAAAAAUGAGCUUGAAGAAGUAGGUGAUAUGCUGAAAGAAUUGAAGGAAAAGGAAAACAAACCAAUGAAACUGGUGCUACAUUCAGAUGAUCUAAAGAUAACAUCUGUAGUUGAUCAAUAUGAAAAAGUUAAUCGACUUCUGAAUGAAACCAAAGAGCAAUUGGCGAAUCAAGUUGCUUCAACGGAAUUGCAAUCGACAGUUAGUAAUGAAGCUCAAGAGCUGCAUUAUAUUGUCGAUGAAGCAUAUAAAGUUGAAAAUGAUGUCAACGCAACAGCAAGCGAUUUGCGGAAGGCAAUUGAUGAUCUCAAAAAUGGUCGAUCACAUUUGACAGCAUUAAAAAAUGCAUACGAUCAACUAGAAAACGUACCGGAUAUGAAUUUAUUCUAUGAAAAUGUAUUUGAUGAGAUUUCGACACUAAAUGAACAAUAUGACAAUGUUGAAAGGAAUUUGGAAGAUCGACUUGAUAUGCUGAAUGAAUUUGAUGUAAUAGCGGAUAGUGUAAAUAAGCGAUUGAUGGAUCUUGAAGAUAAUGUACAUAAAUUAGAAGUUCCAAGUGCCAGCUGUGAAUUAUCCGUUGCCGAUAAAGGACUUAGUGAUGUUAAUGAAUUACAAGAAUCAUUGAAAAAAUUACACGAAUUGAAGGAACAAUUAACACCAUUAUUGAAACCUGCUUCUACAGUUGAAAAUUUCGAUAAUCGUUUAGCAGAUGUGAGCAAAAAUUUCCAACAAUGGCACGACGAGAGUGUGAAAAAGAAGCAAGAAUUGGAGGCUGAAAAUAAUCUGUUAAGUUUGAUCAACGAUUUUGAGCAAACUCUUGUUAAUGCGGAAAAUGAUUUCGAAAAACUUGAAGGAACAAUGAAUGCAUUGAAGAGUUUCAAAGAUAUGAUUUUGCCAAUAGUAGUUGAAAAAUCUGAUCGUAUCAGAGAUCUAAUAUUACCGGUAAAAACGGAAAACAUUAAGCAGCUUUAUCAUAAUGUCGAUAUGCUAAAUGAUCGAUUUAAUGAUUUGUCAACACGUGUGAAUGAUAAAUUGAAUGAUGCAGAAAGACAAGAGAAUCUAUUUGAUGACAUUCAACGAGAGCUUAAUAAUAUGGAACAAAAAACUGAUGAUUUUAUCAAGAAAUAUACCACAUCACAAGAUUUAUUAAUUGCCAUGGAAGAUGUCGAUCAGCUGUAUUCUCUUCAGGAUCAAAUUCCAUCAUUAUCAGCAAUGGAAAAUAUUACAGAAGAUGGACUUAAAGAUAAUUUAAUAAAGAAAGCAGAUACUAUGAAGAACAAAAUCGAAAAUUUGCUUGUUCCGCUUAAAAAAGAUAUACAAAAAGAGCAAGAGUUGAUGCGCGAUUUGCAUGAAACAUUGUCUACAUUAACUGCAAUUGGUGAUGAUGUUAUUGCAGUUGAUCCCAAUACUGAAUCAUUACAACAGCUAGAAAGCAUUCAUCAAUUAGCGGAAAAUUUGCGACAAUUAAAAGGAAAAAUUGAAAAGUUGGAAGAAAAGUUACAAAGUUCGGAAGGGAUGGUUAAACAUGCAUUAGUAACUGAUGAUCUAUUUGGUCGUGUUGUACAGUUACAAGAUGCACUUGAUGAUAAGAAAGAAAAAUUGACAGAACGUGCUAAAUUAUGUGCUAUAACUCCGGAGAUAAAUUUGAUCAACGAAAGUGUGCAAAAUUACAUUAAUGAAAUGGAACAAAUACCAAUGCAAACAAUUGAGGAGCAAAAUGUUGCAUUAAGUGAGCUAGAGGGAAAGAAAUAUGAACUUGAAAAUCUGCUCAAAAAUAUUCCUCAAGGUGAUGAAGGCAGUGAAUUACGAGAAAAGUGUAAUUGGUUACUGGGACAACUCAAUGAUGUUCUAAAACGAUUAGCUGAUGCAGUUG